AUGUUCUGUUCACGCCGUGCUGGGCUGGUGCGGAGGCUGUGGCGGCAGCGCUGUGCAGCAGCCAGCCCCGAGGAUGGCCCCAGUGCCCUCAAACUAGCAGCGCACGCGCUCUUCAAGAAACUGAAGGACGAGGAGCUGGAGUUGCUGGUGCAGGUGGUGGAGAGCCGAGGCGCCUGGGAAUCUGGCUGCGUUUUGGCACCACGGGGGGACCCACGAGGGGUCAAGCAGGGACUCCCCCCUCAAGUCCUGCUCUGUCGCCUCUUCCGCUGGCCUGACCUCCACCAGUCCCAUGAGCUCAAGCACCUCUGCUACUAUGCUGGGGGCCAGGGGUCCUGUGGGGACUUGGCUGUGCUGUGCUGCAACCCCCAUCAUUUCAGCCGCCUGGCUGUACCUGAAAGCCCUCCACCCCCCUACUUGAAGGCAUCCUGUGAGCUUUCCUGGCCACAUGAGCCCCAACAGCCCAGCACUCAGCUCCUGGAGUUCAGCUACAACGGUGGGGACUGGUGUGACACCAGCCUCUCAUGGAGCACCGUCAAGGAUGGCUGUUGGUGUAAACUGGCUUACUGGGAGUACCGGACACGUGUUGGCCGCCUCUACGCCGUGCAUGAGGCAUCAGUGAAUGUCUUCAGUGAGCUGCCAUGGGGCAGUGGGUUCUGCCUGGCCCAGCUGCCAGCUGCCUACCGCAGCUGUGCUAUCCAGCGAGCACGUGGCAAGAUUGGCCGGGGGCUGCUGCUGAGCCAGGAGCCAGGUGGCAUCUGGGUGUACAACCGCAGUGAGCACCCCAUCUUCGUCAGCUCACCUACCCUGAGCCCCCCUGGUGCCUGCAGGUUCACUGUCCUCAAGGUGCUGCCUGGCUAUUCGGCAAAGGUGUUCGAUUAUGAGUGGGCAGGGGACAGCGAGGGUUGGCAGCUACCUAGGGAGGGACCCUGUGACCCCCACAGUAUCCGCAUCAGCUUUGCUAAGGGCUGGGGACCCUGCUACUCCCGGCAGUUCAUCACCUCCUGCCCAUGCUGGCUUGAGGUCCUGCUGAACCAGCAACAUUGA